AUGUAUAAUCUAUUAAGCUUACAAUGUAUACGUAUACACGCACGUAUCAUUGUAACGUAUGGUCAUAGCUUCUCGUGGAAUACCCUAAUACCCUCUAGACACUAUCAGCCACCGUUUCUUCCAAAAGAUUCUUCCAAAUCUAUUCCAUUUACCUCCUCACUUUCUUCAACCUCCGAUAGGCUUCCAUUACCACCACCCUCCUAUAGUUGUCGCUAUCGCCACCCUGCCGACGUCGACCUAGAUUUGGGUAAUUAUGAACGCUUCUUAGACGUGAGGCUUACUAGAUAUAACAGCAUAACCACUGGAAAGAUCUAUCAGACGGAAGCCAUGAUGAAGGUGGGGAUUCAGGGUCGGAAGUUUCGUUGGAUGGGGAUUCAGUGCCAACACGUUGGAGAGGGUUGCGCCGCUUAUGCACGCUGUAGGAAUGGAGGCAACACUUUGGAGUGGCAGGCAAUAGAAGCAGUUGAUCGGACAAUGCAAGACAUCACAGAUGAGAAGCUCCCUUUCAGCGGAAAGAUAAUGGUUAUGGGACCUGACUUUAGACAAGUGUUGCCGGUCGUGAGACGAGGCACUCGAGCACAAAUUGUCGACUCUAUCUUACAAAUGUCACCUCUAUGUGCUUCAGUUAAAAGGCUUCGAUUAAAUAUCAACAUGAGAGCGGUAAAUGACCCACGGUUUUCUGAUUUUUUUAUUACGAUGGACGCUCUGAUUGAUGCAAUAUUUCCUUCUUUGCAAUCCAACGACGCCGAUUCAAAAUUUAUCAUUUCGAGGGCGAUAUUGUCAACUAAAAAUGAAAGUGUUGACGAGAUUAAUAAUAAGUUGAUCGAAUGA